GACGGGUGCUGGACUCUCACAACCUUGCCGGCGUGUAUAAAUCCUCUCCCAGCCACUUCACCGUCACGACCACCGAUCGAGCGGCGGGAAAUGGCUUCAGCUCGCCGUUGCACCACCAUGGCCACCAACAAACUCAUCAUGUUCGUCGUGAUGCUGGUGGUUCUACAGAGGGUGCGUUCUGAUGAUUCUCCGUGUGACUUCCCGGCGAUCUUCAACUUGGGCGACUCCUACUCGGACACCGGAGCCUUCCCAGCCCUCUUCCCGGCCGUGCAGCCACCCUACGGCCGGACCUUCUUCGGCAUGCCGGCCGGGAGGCAGAGCGACGGCCGCCUCACUAUCGAUUUCAUGGCUCAAAGCCUGGGGCUGCGUUACCUGAAUGCGUAUCUGGAUUCACUGGGAAGCAACUUCACGCAGGGAGCCAAUUUCGCGAGCGCCGCUGGAACCAUCAGACGAGUGAACGGGAGCUUGUGGACCUCCGGGUACAGCCCCAUUUCCCUGGACGUGCAGAUCUGGCAAUUCCAGCAGUUCAUCAAUAGGAGCCAGUUUGUCUACAACAACAUAGGUGGAGUCUACCGAGAAAUCCUGCCGAAACCCGAGCACUUGGUCUCCAAGGCGCUUUACACCUUCGACAUCGGCGCCAACGACCUCGCCAUGGGCUACCUAGACAACAUGACCACGGAGCAAGUCGAGGCCUACGUCCCCGACCUGAUGGAGAGGCUCGCGUCGGCGAUCCAAACGGUGUACGACCUCGGUGGGAGGUACUUCUGGGUGCACAACACAGGGACGCUCGGGUGCCUGCCGUACGCCCUGGCGUACCGCCCGGACCUCGCCACGGAGAAGGACAGCGCCGGCUGCUCCGUUGCGCUCAACGCCGGCCCCCGGUUCUUCAACGCGCGGCUCAAGGAGACCGUUGCGAGGCUAAGGGUGGCUCUCCCCGAGGCCGCCUUCACCUACGUCGACGUGUACACCGCCAUGUACCGGCUGAUGAGCGAAGCCAAGAAGAUCGGUUUUGGGGACCCUCUACGCGUGUGCUGCGGGUACGGCGGCGGCGAGUACAACUUCGACAAGGACAUCGGAUGCGGCGUUAAGGUGGAGGUGAAUGGCACGGUCAUGGAGGGGAAGUCAUGCGAGGCCCCGUCCAGGAGCGUGAGCUGGGAUGGCGUGCACUUGACCGAGGCGGCUUACAAGUUCAUCUUCGACCAGAUCGUGGAGGGCGCGCUCUCCGACCCGCCGGUGCCUCUACGGCGGGCUUGCCAAACGAAAGGGCAAUGAGCAUGCUCUUCAUUUAUUAGGCUGCCGAUGUCGGAUUUUUUUCAAACGUCCGUACUCCAAAUAAAAUCUGUAUAAAAUCUGGAAUGCUUAUAUGUACUUCCAAAUAAAAUCUGCAGUGAGUAUCUAUUUGCAAAAGAUACAAAAAAAAUCUAUGGAUAAUAUAUAUCUAAUGCUAUGUGUGGAUGGUAACGUCGCACGAUGAACUUACGCAAUAAA